AUGGCGCCGUAUGGACGUUGUUAUUGUUCCGUUGCUUCUUGAAGCUCUCGCAGUACGACGAAAAGUAAGAAGAAAAACAGCCAACUGUGUUCAUGCGGGCAUGAGAGGAACAUCUGGAGAUAAUGCUGAGAUCCACCGGUUUCUUCCGAGGGAUUGACUGCCCGUUUUACACGGAAUAUAGCCAGGGCAAAGGCAGCAGAAAUGGGUGUAACAGACCGUACUGUCACUUCAGGCACAGCCAGCAGAGACGGUCGUCCUACGGAGCACCGGCAGAUGUUAAAAAGCAGAGAGACCUUCACUCCGGACACAGAGAACAAGGUUAUGAUCCCUUCAACCCAGAAGUUGUGAGGCCUCAGGAGCAGCAGAAUGGAAACCCGGCGGCCUCGGAGGACCUCAGCGGUGCUCUGGAAAUGGUCAACAAGGCCAUUGAGGAGGUCCGCAGCGAGGUGGAGAGGGAGAAGAGGAAGCUCUCCCGGAUUGGGGAUGAACCGUAUGAUCCCAGUGAGAGUACAAAGUUGUCUUCAUCUGAUGCCGUUAGAAGUAAAACACCACCUUCACACAUGGCUUAUGACCCGGGGAGUUACCAGAUGACAUCAGGAGGUUAUAAUCCCGCCCCUGGCUGCAGCAAGUAUACCUUGGAUUCAGACAACCAGGGGAGCAAUAGUAACUCCAUGGAAUAUGUUCCUACAUCGAAAAAACCUCCAUCUCGGACACACACACAGAAACUCCCCUCUCCUCCCCCCAGUCCAAAGUACUCAAACAGCACAUCCUCCUCUAAGUGUAAAUAUACUUUGGACAAUUCAAAACCAUCUACAGAUAUGGAGUAUGACCCGCUGUCCAACUACUCGGCAGGAAUCGCAGGGAAAAGCAAACGAGUGCACAAGACGGAGGAGAGAAAGACACACAAAAAGGCAGGAUCAGAUCUGUCAGAUGAGGAUUGUGUAGUAGCUGCGAAAAAACCCAAGCAGAGCGUAGACUCAACAAAGUACACUUUCUCUGACUCUGAUGAGGAGAGCUCGGGAACAGAGUAUAGACCAACCUCGCUUAGCAAUCUCCAGCAGAGAAAAGGCAACAGUGGGUCACUUUGGGAUGCUGUCGGGAAAGAAAGAAAAGAGAGAACUGAAAGCAUGCUGAAUGCACUGACACAGAGGAAUAAAGAUGACUUGGCAGGGGACUCAGACAUCCAGGACAAUAUUAAAAGAAAGGACAGUUUAGAGAAAAAGAAAGUGGUUAGUAGUCAAACUAGUCAUGAUAUAAGUGGCAAAUCUGAGAAAAUGCAUAAACUUGAGAAGGAAAGACAUAAAACGGCUGGUAGUAAGAGUAGCAGCAGCAGUAAAGACAAAGGGUCAACAAGGAACUCAAACCAGGAGUCUGCAAAGAAGGAGAACAAGAGUCAUGAAAAAAGAGACAAUGGGAAAAACACAGUUAAGAUGAAGACACAUGAUAAAGUUCAGAGGGAAGCCAGAGAUGAAAAGAGAAGCGAUGGUAAGAUCAAAGCUGGGGAAAAAGUAAAAACAGACUCAAGCAAGCGAGAUAAAGAUGCAGAAAAUGGUGCAAAGGAAAGCAAGAAACCCAAGCUAUCAGAGAAGGAAAAGGAACACAGCAAGUAUAAGGACCACCAACAUAGAAAUGGUAAACUUGACAGCAGUAAAAGAGAAAAGGAUGCAAAGAAAAUGAGCAAAAGCAGUUCUGGUGGUGGGAGCAGUCGGAGUAACAACAGUAAAGGGAGUCCUGCUGCUAACAGUAAAGAUAAGCUGAAGCAAAACAUCAGCGCGCCCAAUGGAAAACGACUUGAGGACAAACGGCGAAGUCAGAGUUUUAGCCACGCGGAUCUGUUUGGAGAUGAGAGCCCAGACGAGGCCGAACCGAUCAUGGUGGAUUCUGAUGAUGACGAAGAACCCGAAGAAGUGCUGGUGAGAAAAUCUGCUGAUGCAUUAAAGAGAGGGCGUCUGAACAAAAGGAAAGCAUCUGAGCUGACGCCCUCUUCCUCUGACGAUGAGGCUGACCGCGGGGCAGGUAACGACGAGGUCAUCGAUGUUGGAAUCGACCUCUCUAGUUUCCAGGAUGAUCUGGAUUUUGACUCAGAUCCCAUGGAGGAAUGUUUGCGUAUCUUUAAUGAAUCCAAGGAUGUGAAGACGGAAGACAAAGGAAGACAAGCUAAACAGCCCCCUAAGGAUUCAGAGGAGGAGAAAAGCACAGAGAGCACUUUAACCACUCUCUUUCCUGGCCAAAAGAAGAGAGUCUCCCAUUGUGUUGCCAAAGGAAGUACUGAAGCACCAUCUACGACUGUGGUGCGGCCGUACAAACGACUGUCAGCUCAGGAGGUGUGCUACCAGCGUAUGCAGAUGGCGCAGCAGCAAGCUGCUCAGCUCUCUGCUUCAGUCAAAGCUGCCUCUCAGAGCUUUAGCCCCGGCUUCUCUGGAGAGAAGAAGAGAAUAGCGCACCGUCCCAACCCACAGAAAACAUCCUCAAAAACGGGUCCUGCAGAUGUUAAACCAGCUUCUAGUCACACUAUCAAGACCCAAACCACAGCUGGCAUCUUGCCCAAAACCCUGUCCACCGCCACGCAGAAGAGGGUGGCACACACACCCACCAUGAAGAGUAGUUCAAUGAAGCGCCCCGUCAUCCCUAUUGAGUUUGGAGCUAAAGUUCCCAACAACAUCCGCCAGCGCUACCUCAACGCUUUCAUCGAUGAGUGUGUCAAAUUUUGCCCAUCGCAGGACGUUGCCUUCCAGACGGCCCUUGACGAAGAGAAACUGGUGUAUGACCGCAGCAGCAGUAAGAACAUCUACCUCAAUGUAGCUGUCAACACUCUGAAGAAGCUCCGAAAGAGCAGCUCGUGUCCAUCGUCUGUCCCCAAGGAUCCGGGGUUAGUCGGCAACAAGAGGGCUCAGUCCCACGAGGAGGUUCUGGGAGGUCGUCUUGCUGCUACAACCAGCUUCACCAUCAACAGGAGUGGUAAACAGCAGGAGGAGAAACUCACUGGAGCCACACUGUACAGGAAGCUGAAGGCAUACCUAAUGACAGAAGAGCAGCUCCAGGAGAACGGAUACCCAAGAGCGAACCCAGAGGCUCAAGGCAAAGCCAUCAUGUACAACCUCCCAGAGAAAAAGGCCGCCACCGACCCAUUCAACAAGAUAUGCUGUCGAUGUGGAGCUGAGUAUAGAAUCAACGUCAAUGGCAGCUGUAUACGGAAAGAGGAAUGCAGCUUUCACUGGGGAAGAUUGCGCAGAUAUAAAGUGGCUGGAGGCUGGGAGACCAACUACAGCUGCUGCUCUGCUGCUGUCGGCGCUCCAGGAUGCCAAGUUGCAAAGCAACAUGUUCAGGACGGUCGUAAAGAAACAGUUGAUGGUUACGUCACAACGUUCAGUAAACCUCUACCAACAGACGGCAAUGCAGGGGUGUUUGCUUUGGACUGUGAGAUGUGUUACACAAAGCAGGGCCUGGAGCUGACAAGGGUGACAGUCAUUGACUCUGAGCUGAAAGUCAUUUACGACACGUUUGUCAAACCCGACAGCAAAGUGGUUGAUUACAACACGAGAUUUUCGGGUGUGACGGAGGAGGACUUGGAGAACACCACCAUCACUCUGAGAGAUGUUCAGGCCGUGCUGCUCAGUAUGUUCAGUGCUGAAUCCAUCCUCAUAGGACACAGUCUGGAGAGCGACCUGCUCGCUCUGAAGCUAAUCCACAGCGCAGUGGUAGACACGGCCAUUGUGUUCCCCCAUCGCCUCGGCUUGCCCUACAAACGUGCCUUGAGGAACUUGAUGGCCGACCACCUCAAACGCAUCAUCCAGGACAACGUGGAGGGCCACGACUCGAGCGAGGAUGCAUCCGCCUGCAUGGAGCUGAUGUUCUGGAAGAUCAAGGAGGACACAAAGGUGAAGAGAUGACCUCUGACCCCGCUGCGCCACUUUCCCUCAGUACAACUUCAUGCCCUCAUGUUGGUGUCAGGGAGACGGAGACGUUCAGGAGGCCUGCACCUGCUCCCAGAGAGAUAAGGUCAGAGUGUCGGGGGGAGGGUGGGACGCUUCAGCACAGUUGGAGGUUUGCUGCUGCCAGUCCCUUCAAAGCAAUAGGAGCCCCAAAAAGUGUUUUCAUUUGCUUAUUGGUAUUUCUGUUCUAAAUAAAAUUACAAAUAAUGUUAGUUGAAAGGUAUUUCUGUUUAUUUGAGCUUCGUCUCUUUUAAGGCCCUUCAACACUUGAACAUGAAAAAAACUCUUUCUACAAAAGGAGGAGUUAAAAUGCCGGGGCAUUGUCCGCUGAACGAUGAUGAUUAAUAUGAUAUUCACGCCAGGCUGAGUCUUCAGCUUAAAUUGCACUAUAGGAACGCUCUUGUUGUAUAGGGCCCAAGUUUGAGUACCUCAUCUGUGUUCUGAAAGCAUUCACUUCUAAUGAAUAACACGUUCUUAGUUACAUUUAAGUGCAUCGAUGUCUUAGUCUGUCGAACAUUGCUAUGUAAACGCACUUAUGUUUUCACACUGUUUAGCGAGUUCAUUUUGUUGGUUGGCUCUCAAACCUUAUUAAUCCUAUAAUACUUGAUAAUAUAAAAGACCUGCAGAAAUGUAAAGUCUCUGCUUACUACCUAUUUGGUAUAGUUGAUGGAAUAUAUCACUGUAUUUUAUAGCUCAGACAAAAUAGUGAUACUAUAUCCACCAGUGUCUCCGUGUCAUGUGCACUGCAUGAAGUAAAACCACAGGAAUCAUUGUGACUGCAGGUAUGACAUGUUAUUCCUCCAUAAAGACAAAAUUAGGUUCAGCAUUGUUGAAUUAGGCCGGGGUUAUUAAUUACAGACACUUAGGAUUUAGUGAGUACCAGCUAACCUGUGCAGUUUUAUGUUCAAAAGAUACUGACUGAAAAGAUACUCAAGUGCUGUAAAUAUGCUACCUUUACUUUUGUAUUUGUUCAUUUUUGGUUGUUUAUCUUUUUCUAUUAAAAGGUAUUAGUUAAAGGAAAA